GACGACAGAGACGACGAAUUGACCCCCGAAACACGAUUACUUCAGGCCCUCAACAAUGGCGUCCAAAGCUUUCGGAAACGGAUUGAAGGAGCUGCGCUUCUUGUUCUGCCAGACUAGCGAGCACAGCGCUGCGACACGGAAUUUCCUCACGCGAACCUACCCCACAAUGAAGAAGGCCAACCCAUCCCUUCCCAUCAUGAUCCGAGAAGCCAGCGGCACCGAGCCCACGGUAUAUGCGCGAUUCGACUUUGGCAAGGAGCGGAAGCUAGCGCUCAAGGGACUGGACGACAAGGCCAUUGAACAACAAGUCAUAGACCUAGUGCAGAAGGGUUCAUGAGCAUGUUCUGCGGAACAAGACGAAAGAACAAUGGUGUAUAGAUCAGGAGAGUACAGCAAGAUAGCUGGCAUACAAUCGCAUGAAUACCCAAGAUAUUCUUCUUUCACCUCAUUCUACGUCACAUACCUAGACAUUCUGCUUUUCACUCCACCAAUCCACCCUGUUUCUCCA